AUGGAUGAUUCUUCUUCUACACCACAGAAACAACAAGACCCUCUUCCCAUGUCAAUCGACCCCACCACCACCACUUCGCCCCUCCGCGGGUCCAGGACACGCCUUGCCGACCGCCUUCUGGAACCGGAGAUUCGCCGGAACCCGCCGUGCGACGGAGGAGGGCCAAGGCGGGAAGAGGGGCACAGGCGGCGGUCGCGGCGGCACUGCCAUCUCCCAGAAAGUCUCGGAAGCCGAGGAGGCGCUCCGAGCCUGACGUUCGGGACGAGAAGGACGCUAUGGCGGAAGAGGCUGGAAAACCUAGAAAGCGAAGGAACACAGUGCGGUCCAAGAAGGAAAAUCAAACCCGGUGCUCCCACCACCUUCAAUCCCAUUUCCUCCAAGUAUGCCCUAACGUUUCGGUUUUUGAUGUUUGAAACGUUUGAUGAUUCUUGUGAUUACAUUUCGUGGCUGGUUUUGCGUUUCUGGUUGUUUUUCUUCAUUUUUCUAGACGAAAAUUAUGUUAAUCUGUGGAGAAUCAGAUCAUACUAUUAUCUUGGAAGAGAAGGAGAAGAAGAAGAAGAAGAAGAAGAGAAUGGAGGUGAUUUGGAGCGUGUUGGGCAGGUGAUCAGUGAUUUGAUCAUGUGGAAAGAUGUGGCUAAAUCAACCCUUUGGUUUGGUUUUGGGUCUCUCUGCCUCUUAUCUUCUUGCUUUUCCAAAGGACUCAACUUUAGCAUUUUCUCGGCAAUGUCACAAUUGGCUAUUGUUUUUCUUGGUGUCUCCUUUGUCCUAAACACAAUUUGCCAAAGGAACCAGGUUGAGAAAAAGCGCGAGUUCAAGCUGAAAGAAGAUGACAUUUUGCACCUUGCAAAAUUGAUUCUGCCGACUUUGAAUCUCACAAUUUCAGUUACAAGAGAGCUGUUUUCAGGAGAACCAUCCAUGACCCUCAAAGUAGCUCCUUUCCUUUUACUAGGUGCGGAAUAUGGACACUUUAUUACAAUCUGGAGGCUGUGUGCCAUUGGGUUUUUAAUCAGCUUCACUGCUCCGAAGCUUUAUUCUUGCUACACCGAAAAGAUAAACCAAAGAGCUGAUCGCUUUACAUUAUGGUUGUUGGACAUAUGGUGUACUUGUACUCACAAGAAGAAACUAGUAGUAUCAGCACUUAUGGCUUUCUGGAAUCUUUCCUCCAUAAAAACUCGAAUCUACACAGGGUCUAAGUCCAAUCCAAAUGAUAUUACAGGCAAGUGUUGAUGAUGGACAUGAUAAUCUCAUCAUCUCAAUAACAAGAAAAGGCUUUCCUGAAGAGCAAGCUUUUGAGUUUUGAGCCCUUCACGCACCAAGCUUUCAUUACAUAUGGAUAAAAGGAGACAAUAUAUGGGCUUAAAUACCUCUCAAUUACUUAGUCUGUCUGAAGUUCACCAUGAGCUAUUGCUCUUUAUAU